CUGUCACCGGCAUGGCGAGCUCCAGUGGUGUAGCGAUGGAUGGGGACAUAAUGAGACAUGCUGAAUAUACACCAAAAUCUAACGUGCAGAGUGAGACAGAUAUUGACAAACGUCUUGGUGGCACUCUGAUGGCAGUGGGACUGGGGGUUGCUGCAGCAGGGUUUGCAGGUCGAUAUGCAUUCCAUUUAUGGAGGCCUCUGGGACAGGUUAUCACAGAAGCUGCCAAGAAGUUGCCCACUACGUCAUUUUCUGCAUAUUACAAAGGUGGAUUUGAGCAGAAGAUGACCAGACGGGAAGCCAGCCUUAUUCUCGGGAUCAGUCCAACCAGCACUAAGGCAAAGGUACGGGAAGCACACAGAAGGAUCAUGGUCCUAAAUCAUCCAGAUAAAGGUGGAUCCCCGUAUUUGGCAGCCAAGAUCAAUGAAGCAAAAGAUCUUCUUGACUCCGGCCCUCGGCGCUGACCCAGCUGCCCGUGCUACCCCAACAGGGAGUUACAUCUACUUCAGUGCCGCCAACUCAUCCAUGAGCCUCCACAAGUCAUUGUUCUUCUCCAUGUUUUUCUGCCAUAAAUCAGCCGACUCUCAGCAUAUUGUACUCCGUUCUAUCUGUCAGUGUUCCUUACCACCACUUUAAUGCAAGGUGACAAAGGUUGAUCCUUCAUGUUAAAGGAUCUUCAGAGUGUCUGUGUGAAAUACCUCACAGCAAUCUUUAUUAUUUAUUGAGGUGACUGUAAUGUAUAACGUCUGCUGAAAAAUCUGGUGGAUGUAUCAUUUCCAGUGGCUGAAAAGCCCAAAGUAUUUCCCCUAAUCCGCAGGGACCAGACCAUGUAGGUGUUAAGUUAUUUUAGCUUGCUGAAUAAACAGUUUUACAAAUCUGGAA